AGUAAAAAACCACAGCCUCGGUCCCUUGUGGUGAUUUUUAUCACCACGCUUUAGUUGUUGCUACUUUUGCCUAUUUUGGGAACGCAUCCUCACUCGAACGCAUAGCCAGUCCGUAGCGUAGCCCAAUGUAUCAUUGCACAGGACGUUCUUGGAGCAAAACGUGACACAUGGCUAUGUACUAUUAUGCAAGUAAAAUAUCAGCCAUCGCCUGUGGUACACGUUGUCGGCAAAGUGUUUUGCAAAAAUCUCGCGGUCAACGUGAUCGUGACAAACAGCACCACCAUCAGCAGCGCCAACGGCUACGGCAUUGCGGCCAAGAAUCUUGUCACGGCUCACCCACUUGCAGCAGUGGUGCUGGCUGUGAUGAUAACGGUGGCGGCGGCGGCGGUAAGGGCUCCCGAACUCCAGGUGAUUGCACCACAGAUACGGAUGAUGAAGUGGAUGACACCGGUGGCGGCAUUUGCAUACGGAUGCACAAACGCAACGAUAACCAUGAAUACGGUAGCGGCAGUGGCCGCAUUUAUGUCACUAAUACAAAUGAUACUGGCACGGCGGAAACAUCGGUAUCCACAUUGGUCGCCGCAGACGGAGCUGGCACUGUGGCCAAUACCAUGGAUGGUGUCCGCUAUAGACGGCGAUUCAGCGAACAAUUGGAUGCCUACGAUAUCGAGCUUGGGUUUCAAAAGUUUGAGGUUUCCUCAACGAAUACCACAAAGAACUCUAUCAAUGGUUAUGGCAUUACUUCUGGCACUGAGUUAGUACAGUACGAUGUACCAAGGAAUACUUUCAAGCGAAGCCAAUGUGAUGUCAAUUUUGAGAGUUCUGUUCUUGGUUCUGGCGGAAUUAUGUAUAUAAAUGGUAGAAUAGUUUCCGGUCCUUUGGAAUCACUUGUAGAUGUAUUAGUACCGAAAAACAUUAUCGAUUUGGAUAAGGAAUUUAUAUUUUCAUUUUUACUAUCGUCACGCUUAUAUUUACGGCCGCAUGAGCUGUUGGGCAAACUUCUAUCCUCUGUACCUGAUAGUGAGUCGCUAGAAUCAUUGGUAGCAUUAUUAGCAGAAUGGACAAAUAAGUUUCCCUACGACUAUCGUGAUGAGCGCAUGAUGAGCCAUGUUAAACAUAUCGUUGCUAGAUGUUCAAAUACACGUUUAGAAGCCGUUGUUUCGGAGAUAUUGAGUGCCUUGUUAAAACGUUUGACUGAUUUGGAAAUCCAUGAAGAAGAAUUAAGGGCCUGCCAAGCAACAACUGCCACUCCUGCCGACAAGUCUGAUACCAAGUUAUUUAGUUGCCCCACUUCGACGCAAUACGCCCAAAUUCUCUGUCGAAUCGAGAAGAAAUUAGCCAAACACAUUGGUCCUGAGGAAUUUGUACAGUGUAGCAGUAAUGUCCUGCUCGAUAAACAGAAAAAAUGGGACCAACCUUCGUCGUCCGGUGGACCUCCAGGUGCACAGGAUCCCAAGAAGACAUGUAAUUUGGAAACCUAUCUCGAUUGGUCAGCACGGCUGCGCCUUUUUGUAUGCAACGAAAUAUUACAGUGCGGCGGCAUACAUGAUCGCAGCAAAUGUGUUGAACUGUGGAGUGGAGUGGCACAGUAUUGCCUUUUGGUAGGAAAUUACAAUAGUGCCACGGCAAUAUUGGAAACUUUGGAAUCACCGCCAAUAGCACGUCUUAAAAUUACGUGGAGUAAGUUACAAGUCACAUGUCAGCAAUUAGAUUGCAUGCAACGUCAUGCCGAGGGGCAUGGGAAUUUAUGGCAUAAACAGGCGAUAGUUCUAAAUGAAAGUCAUCACUAUCAGAAUCAACUUCAGCAACAACAAAGGCAACAUCAGCAUUUGCAACAAAAGACUGACACAUAUUUCACAUCAGCAUUAUCAUCAUCCGCAACAGCAACAGGAACAGUGGCAACGGCAACGGCAACGGCAAUCGUAACAAAUCCAGCUAUACUCUCGACCUCAUCAUCGGCAGCAACAACGGUAACGGCAUUAACUGACACAACAACGACAACCGCAACAACGGCGGAUGUGGAAGUGGAAGUCGAAGCGGAAACAUCGUCGGCGGUGUUAAGUGCGGUUUCCCAUGAUGGAUCGACAACGGCACCUCCUUCAUCAAGUGGCUCUUCGCUAAUAAAGACCCCAAUUGCCAGCUCCGAAGUCACACUGCUAACAACGCCCACAGAUGAGGCAAGUCAACAGCUUCCGUUAACCCCGCAACCACAUCAAGUGUGUAGCACAAAAAAGCCAUUGAGUGGGAAAAUUUCCAACUCUUCUGCCGCCUCUCAUUUGACAACAACAACCGCAGUUGCAUUUAAUUCUCAACUCUCCGCCAACACCUCCGACCCGGCGCCCUCAACAUCCUUGGCUUCAUCCUCGGCAAUAGCACUUCCCACUGUAUCGAAUACUUUGUCAUCAAAGGCAGUGCAACCGGCAAAACCAAAUGAUUGGGUUGUAAUUCCGGUGUUUGCGGAUAUUGUUAAAUUAGCACUGGCAGGACGUGAAGACUGUUUGCAGCGUUUACCAAAUGGCCACAUAAAUAUCAACGCUUUCGAUCGUAUGGCAGCCAUCGUUGGUGCUUUCACCAAACACAUGCAUUCGGUUAAAACAACAGAUAUACCAGCAACAGCAACAGCCACAGCAUCCGGAACAAAAUCUGUUGGUAACAACUGUAUUGCAUCCCAGGCAAUAAUGGCAACGGCAGCAACAUCCACAACAGCAGCACCGGCGACAGGAGGUGAAUAUGAGAUAUUUUGUCGUCAUAUGCAGAAAACAACGCGACUUGGUGAAAAUGAUUUGAUGAUGGCUUCCUUCGAUUGUGAAGAACCCAACAAUGCUGAAAAAUUAAUGUAUGACUUAAAUUGAAUAUUUUUAUAACUUUAUUUGUUUAAUUGGAGUUAAUUAAAUACCAAAACAGUUCAUCUGAACAACUUGUGUGUGGUUUGUUGGUUAUGUAAGCAUAAUUCCAUAAAACAUAUUUGUCUAUUAUUUAGUAAAUAUAUAUGCCAGCCAACAUGUAGAAGGAUAGUUUUAUUGUUUUUCCAUUUUU